CGUCCGUUGUGGGGGGGGGGGGGGGGGUCGGAUGUCUAUAAUAUUAUAGACGUCCGGGCCCCUCCUACGGACGUCUAAAACCCCCAGCGAAUAUCAAUUUUAAAUCCCCAAAGACGUCAUAUUAGUGAUAUCCCCGACGUCUAUAUGAUUAUAAACGUCGGGGCCCCAUAGUACCGGGCGUCUAAUAGUAUUUAUACUAAUAUGCGAAUCCGCGAGCAGUUACGCUCACUGUUCAUCGUCUACCCCGCGAACUCUCUCUGUGGCAUUGCAUUUCCAGUUUGUUGUGUGGUCUUGGGCGGCUUUUUUGACUGUUUUUGGCCUACGUUUUAGGCCGUGCCCUCCUCGAUUUCCCUCCCUUUCAUUUGGAAUCUACUCUUCAGGGUAAAAGGUUAGCCGCCCAAGAAAGACAAAGGCUAAACGAUGCACCACACUUGUUACACGAGGUGGUUAUGCAAAACUGGAAAAGAAACUUAGAAAGUCUAGAGCGGAUGCCUUGGGACUUGAGUCGCCGGACCUAGCACCUGCACCUGCUAGGUACGAGCUGUGGAAGGCUGCUCUGACUAAAUUUGAUGGGAACAUGACAUCUUCCUCAGCUGCCUUGAUCUCACAGAGAAUUGAUGAGUUGGUUGAGCAGCAGACUCAGGGCACAUUUGCUGGCCAAGGUAGGGGCGACAUUCUAACAACGGCCAUUGGAAGGCCCGAGCACCUAGGACGUGUACGUGGAGUUCCUGGGGCGAUUGGUCUUCGUGACUACUUUAGCCCUACACAGAAAACCCCCCAUCAAUGAGUCAGGAGACACUGAGGCAGAUGGAUCUUCAGUAGGAGGAAAGACUCAACCAAAGCAUGAGAUCAAUGGAGCAACGAUUCAUGGAGCAGCUAUAAGAACAAAAAGAAAUACAAAGAGCGCUUGAAGAAAAGAUGCAAUCCAUGACGCAAGGCAACAUGGGGGCCGCUGAAACUCCCACACCACCUCGUGUCAGCACUAGAGGAUCAUGCUCUGCUGUAGAACCCACUCAGUAUAGCGGUCAGUAUGAGCUGUUGGUUGAUGGGGAUCCCCCACGCAUUGUGGCUGUCGGACGAGUGCUUGAGGAAGGGCAGACUAUUCAUGGUGUUGCCAUAUUACCCCAGCACGUGCGUGUGACGAUUGACGAGGUUCAGGAUCACCAGGCUCAGGUGCCUGUACCCACUCCAGAAAUUAACUUUGUGGGGGAGGCCAUAGGAUCAUUUAUUGCCUGGCCUAGAGCAUUGAUCAUGUCACACAUCGCUACUCCACAGUUCACACGUCCUCAAAAGCAGCCAAUUCAUGAUACAGUCAUACAUGAAGAUGAUGACAUGGCUGAAGCGGAGGAUGAUCCUCUAUCAAAGCUAAUGACAAAAUUACCUAGGUUGAAGAAAGCACCAUUAGAACUAUACUUGGAUUUGAGAGUAUUUGGUGUUCCCCAACAUGUGCCAGUUUAUAUCACAUUCUCUGAUGCAUUGGAGGUGAUUGGGGGAGACAUGAUGUUGAAUAUUUCCAUCAUUCAGCUGUGGUGCAUGUACAUGGACACAAUCGUUGUAGACCAAGGUCGGUCUUCCAUGUACGGAUUUGUUGAACCUCAAACCAUUCAACCGUCUGGUAACACACUUCAAAACAGACAACAUUAUUUGCAAACAUGGAUGGAUGAGUCAAAAAGAGACGUAUACCUUGUGCCAUACAUUGAUGGCAUGCACUGGCAACUGAUGGUCAUCAUUCCCAAAGCAUGUAAAAUUAUAUGGUUUUGUUCGUUGCAUAGGAAGAUGAAAAAUGACUUGAGAAUAAUUCUUCAAGGAGUUAUUGGUAAAUCACGUGGUCAACUGGUUCAAAUUUUGUAUCCAAAGUAUAACCAGCAACUAGAUUCAUGGGAAUGUGGCUUCUAUGUGAUGUGUUGGAUUAAGACCAUCAUUCGAGUUGUCAUUACAGAUGACUGGAAUGAGCGCUUCAAGAGUACAUCGCCUAUUCCAGAGGACACAAUUAAACAGAUAAGGCAGGAGUGGACCGCUUAUCUUCUGCAAAGAUGGAGUUAGGAAUAAUUUUAUUUGUUGUUGAACAUUGCUUAGUUUUAGUUUAAGUUUUAUCUUGAUAGUUUUGGUAGUGGAUUAUAUUUUACAUUAAGUAGAACUUUGUUUAUAUGAAACGCAUAUAUAUAUUAUUGCAAAAUUGUUCUGGGACAAUUUUCU